CAACAUGUGUGUCAACUGCCUCUUAGGAAAGCAAACAAGAGAGCCCCUCUCAACUGAAAGUUUUUCUCCCAGAGGCAGAAAGGAGAACUAGUGCUAGGAGGUUAGGAAGGGCUGAGCAAGCAGGCACUGCUGCCCCUCCUCCUUUGCUGCCUCCGCCCCGCUUUGGAGUUUUAUAACUUGCAGAGUUUCCGCGUCCUGUGACUCCAGUCAGGUGGUUCUCCAUUCCCUUCCCUUUCAGUCUCUGACUCCCGCUCCUUUUUCCUGUCUGUGCCCGAGUUUAGACGCAGCCUUCUCUCCCACCGAAGGUCGUGGGACAAAGCAAGUUCUCUCUCUGAGCCGCGCGGGUGAGCGCCCGGCCUCGCUCUCGGCUCACUCCUGCCUGUGGCCGGGUCACCCGUGGGGAGAGGCUGGGGAUUUCUGAAGGGACUAGGGAAGAAGGAGGCAGGUCGUGAGGAUGGCUGGUGGGGAGAGGCGAGCCAGCGGCGGCGGUGGCGGUGGCGGCGUCUCUGGAGUGCCGGAGAGCCGGGAGCAUCUGUUCAAGAUCCUAGUGAUCGGGGAGCUGGGCGUGGGCAAAACGAGUAUCAUCAAGCGCUACGUCCACCAGCUCUUCUCCCAGCACUACCGGGCCACCAUCGGCGUAGACUUCGCUCUCAAAGUCCUCAACUGGGACAGCCGGACUCUGGUGCGGCUGCAGCUCUGGGACAUCGCAGGUCAGGAACGUUUCGGCAAUAUGACCAGAGUGUACUAUAAAGAAGCUGUAGGAGCUCUUGUUGUCUUUGAUGUCACAAGAGGCUCAACAUUUGAAGCAGUUUCCAAGUGGAAACAUGACUUGGACAAUAAAGUACUUCUCCCAAAUGGUAGUCCCAUCCCUGCAGUUCUGCUUGCGAACAAGUGUGAUCAGAAGAGAGAUCCUGCCCAAAAUCCUUCUCAAAUGGACCAGUUCUGCAAAGAUGGAGGCUUUGUUGGAUGGUUUGAAACAUCUGCCAAGGAUAAUAUCAACAUUGAUGAAGCAGCUCGGUUCUUGGUGGAAAACAUCCUUGCAAACCUCAAAAUGUUCCCCAAUGAAGAGAACGAUGUAGGAAAACUAAAAUUGGACCCAGAUCCCCUGAAAGCAGAAAGUAAAUCGCAGUGCUGUUAAUGUUAUCUUUCUUGCAUUGACACGCAAGCACACAGAGCAACAAGACUAUUGCUCCUCUUAUUGGACUGUUGUUACUAUGGUGCUUCUUCAUGACAAUCCUAGUGGGGUAUUGUUUUCUUUCAGUUGAUCACACUCUAGGGGCGUUUACAUAUGAUUCCCAGGUCAGCUUCAAGGUACAUUGUAUGUUGUGUUCUCACAUUGGUUACAAACUGUCUAAAACAGUCAAAUGCUGGCAUCCAAGAGGGUGAUAUUUAUCCUAUAAGGAAUAGAAAAGGUAUGAAGCUCAAAUCCUAUUUUGUUCUUCAUAGCUGAAUUUUGGUACUAGAGUAGGAAUGUCUGCCUAAAUCAAAGAAUUAACUCGAAGCACUGUUUUCCCCCUUUACAUAUGUAAUUCUCUAAGGCUGGUUUGUCUUAACAAACCAGCCUCAGGGCCACAAAAUUAAAGUCCUUUUGAGACUCCUGGCAGCCAAUUGCCCAUCUGCAAAUAGUGGACUGAUAUUAAGCAAUGGGAGGCAUGCCUGCCUUACUUUGUCCCUUAAACUAUGAAAGUCUGUUGCUUGGAGAGUAAGGACAGGAAGAUCAAGCUGUGGAAAGGAAGUGAUAAGAUAAACCGUGCUAUCUGACUUGACUCAUGGGUAACGAUUAAUAUGGUUCUCUUCAUGGGAGCAAUGAAGACAUUUGUUUAUAGUUGCAGAUGUCAAUAGUAUGCACAUCUAAACUUUUAGGAUGAGUCAUCUGUGUUCGUACAAAUUCCAUUCAAGAAAAGUUUGUGAUCAUGUAUGGUGGGCUGAAAAUGAUUAUGGCUUUGCUAAAAAUGUUCUGUAGCACAGAAAAUGUUUUCUGGUCCUGUAGUGGUGGGGUUACUAGUAGAGUUCUUUUCUUAACCAUAUUAUUUAUAGUAGCUGUGUUCUGCCUGUUUACUAUUUGACACAAGGGGUCUGUGAUAAAGGUGUUGCACUGGUACAACUUAUAAACUAAGAAUAUUUUCUACAUACAAUAAUAUUUUUUACAUACCAGUUUGUAAUAAUAGUCCUAAGAUCAUAGAAAGUAAGAAAAGUGUGGUGAAUGAAUCAAACUUGCUCUUGAAAGUGUUUUGUUGAUCACUAUUACUGCUUAUUUUUCACAAUGCUCGAGAGUACAACUUGUGAAAAAAUACUCUCAUUGUAUGUCCAUUCUUAACUUUAAGAAUCCUAUUUUGUCCUCUGAGCACACACUACACUUGGUCUGACAUAGCAUGCCAGCUGCCAAAGAUCCUGAAAUAAUUACUUUUUGCCUAACAUCCUUAUGGGUCACAAAUCCUUCCAUGUACUCAAAGCUAAAUUUGCUAAGAUUUCUAAUACCACAAAAAUGUUUUUAUAAUGCAUAUGCAAAGAUCUAGCAUUUUUAAUAUGGUACACUCAGGCACUUUGUCAUAACAAGGAAUCCAAAGAGUAUCUCUUGUGUUGUGGACCUGCACUAACUUAAGUCAAAAUUCCAAAAGAUCAAACGUGUUUGGCUUGACUUCCCUAGCUGUAUUGGCUUUGCUGCUUAAAAUAAAGGAUUUUUGAAUGCUUUUAGAACACAUUAGAUGCAAACUUUAAAAUGAGCACAGGUAUCUUUCAUGUUAGUGGCUUUUUAAAUAAAUCAAAUGUAUAUUUUGUAAUGGAAGAAAAUAAACACAGACUGAAAAUACUGAA